AACGCGGCAACACGUGCACCCUCAGACACGCUCUCUCUGCUCCUCCAGUUUAAAGUUUUUGAAAAAACCCCCAAAUACAAAAACCCGAAAAAUCACAGACAUCAUGGAGGCAGCAGCGAACAAAUCACCGCAGCACAGAGAGGGACAUGGGCAAUGGAGCCUCUUCUCUCGCUCCAGCAACAUCUCCACGUACCUCGGCCUGCUGAUGAUCGUGUUCGGAGUACUCUCGAUGCUGCUCGCAGGGAACUGUGUCAAUGGGCAAAUCGAUGGCUACAUUGCGGGUGAGGACUAUCCUGCGUACGAUGCGGUGCCCAAGGGUUUGGCCUUCAAUUGCCAGGGACGACAGCCAGGCUACUAUGCGGACACAGAGACGCGUUGUCAGGUCUGGCACUGGUGUCUCCACUCUGGCCAUCAAUACUCCUUCCUCUGCCCCAAUGGCACUGUCUUCAAUCAGGCUGUUCGUGUGUGCGAUUGGUGGUCGAAUGUCAACUGCGCCAGCUCCGAGCAGCUCUACCAGAACAACGAUGAACUCUAUCGCAUUCCAGAGCGCAAUCAGCAGCAGCAGCAGCAGCAGCAGCAGCAGCAGCAGAACGAUGUAUGAUAUGAGGCCGAUGAUGAGUAUAAGAUUGGGACAGCAAAUGGAACCAGAGAGCGAGGCGGCAGACAGCGGCAAUUUCAGCAAGCACAGAGCAAUGGCAGCACUAGCAGCAGCAGCAGAAACAAUAAUAGAAUCCUAGAUAGCAGCGACUAUAAUAAAAUGACCAAAAAUAGUUUUAGAGGUAGCAUGAGAUACAGUACCAAUCCUCAAUCAAUAUACUCAUCAUCACAGCAGCAGCAGCAGCAGCAGAAGCAACAGCAACAUAAUUCUAGUAAAAGUAGCAAUAAGCAGAAAAAUAGAAUUAACCAACAGAGUAGAGUAGAGAGCAACCAAACUAGAUCUAGGAAUCGCACACAACACAGCAACAACAAUCAGCGAAGAAAAAACAACAACAGCAACCAGAAAAAGAAGAACAACAGCAGCAACAACAGCAACAGCAAUCCACGUGGAAUGCAACGCUACAGCGCAAAUCAAUUUGAAAACGAUGCCGAACUCAAGGAUUACAAGAGUAAAAUCAAAAAUAAAUACAACAUCGACUAUGAUCAUUCUUUGGAUGAAGAAUAUGAAAUAAUCGAAGCCAUUGAAUGAACUGGCGGCUGCUGUUCUCAUUGUUUAAUCCAUCAAAUUAAACAAUCAAUGAAACCAAAAUUGGCGCCAACUUUGUGACCUCUGCUUUGGACUCUGUUCAAAUGUAUCCCAAAAUUAUCUUUUGUACAUAUAUAAAACACACAUCCCUAUCAUUGUUAAAUACAAAUCACAUUUCAU